UGGAACACGGCGGCGCUUCCGGUACCGCUGCCCUCAGCGAAGAUGGCGGCAGUGGAGAAGCGGCGGCCGCCGGCGGCCCCCGCGGCCAGUUUCUCCGACAGCGGCCGGCCGGCGGCGCCCCGCGCGGCAGCGGCGGCCGAGAGUGAGGAGGACUUCCUGCGGCAGGUCGGCGCGACGGAGAUGCUGCGCGCGGCUCUGCUGAAGGUGCUGGAGGCGCGGCCCGAGGAACCGAUCGCCUUCCUGGCGCACUACUUCGAGAACAUGGGCCUGCGCUCGCCCGCAAACGGCGGCGCCGGGGAGCCCCCGGGCCAGCUCCUGCUGCAGCAGCAGCGCCUGGGCCGCGCGCUGUGGCACCUUCGCCUGGCCCACCACUCCCAGAGGACGGCCUUCAACAACAACGUUGGCGUGGCCUAUGAGUGCCUGAGCGCCAGCGGGCGCAAGAAGAAGCCAGGGCUGGACGGGCGCACCUACAGUGAGCUGCUCAAGCGCAUCUGCCGGGAUGGGGAGGCGCCCGAGGAGGUCGUGGCGCCGCUGCUGCGCAAGAUCCAGUGCCGGGACCACGAGGCCGUGCCUCUGGACGUCUUCCGCGCCGGCAUGCUCACCUGCUUCGUGCUCCUGGAGUUUGUGGCGCGGGCCGGCGCCCUCUACCAGCUGCUGGAGGACCCCGCCCUGGCCGUGGCUGACCGCCGCGUGGGCCAGGCCGUGCUGGACACCCUGGAGGGGGCCCUGCAGGCGCGCGACGGGGCUGCCACGCCGGCCCGCUUCCUGGAGGCCGGCUCUCGCCUGGGCCCCGACAGCCUGGCACUGGCCAUGGACCGCGCCCUGGUGGCUCGGCGGCCCAGCUCCCCCAUGACCCGGGAGGAGUUCCUGGAGAAGGCUGCCGCCCUCUUCAUAGCCAAGGUCAAGCCGGUGGGCUGAGCAACCACACGUCUGCCCUGUACCCUCCACCCAGGCAGCUGGAGGCACCUCGAGGUGGGAGCCACCUGCCACUGGGCAGAGUGCAGAUCUGGGACCAGAACUGGGGGGUCCCUGCAUGCAGGGGGAGUGCGAGUGCAGGGAGCCCUCCCCACACCCGCCUUCCAACCUGGAAUCAUGCCCCAGCGCCUUCAGAGGCGAGGUCGAGGGUCCCAGAGAGUGAGCACCCCCUUCCCCCACCCCCACAAAGGUCCCUCUCCUCGGCAGUAAUAAAGUCUGCGCUCAAGGCUGA